AUGGCUACCCAACCGCGCCACCUCUUCCAGCACCUCCCGCCCCCAGCAGAGUGUCUCGCUAUCUUCAUUGCAACCCUCGAGAUUGUUCCCUUUGGCAUAAUGGGCCUGCGCAACCCGUCCGUUUUUGCAGAUGGCUACGGCCUCCCCAUCACGCACACCCCAAGCGCCUCAACCCCAUCACCGAAGCGCACUCAGGAAGCAGACGACCGGACCAAGAAAGCCCUCGUUGCAGCUAUAGCAGCGCGCAACAUCCAGAACGGAGUACUGCUGGCAACCUUCGGGCUGGUCCUCAGGGACCGCAGGAGCCUGGGUGUUGCCAUCAUGGCGGGGGUAAUAGCGACGGUUGCGGAUACGGUUAUUGUGCAAGUGUAUGGUGCGUGGGACAAGAUUGCGGGGCAUUAUGUUGGUGUAUUUAACAGUCUGGCGAUUGGCGGGAGCUUGCUGUAUUGGGGGCGUAAUGACCCGCUUUGGUAA